CGGCCCCGCCCCUCACGGUUGCAGUAGGGCGCGGAGCCGGGACGCACCGGCCACCGACCAGCACGAGCCAUGGCUUCUGUCCCUGCGGAGGCCGAGACCCGCCAGAGGCUGCUGCGCACCGUGAAGAAGGAGGUGAAGCAGAUCAUGGAGGAGGCCGUUACCCGAAAGUUUGUCCACGAGGACAGCAGCCACAUCAUCUCCUUCUGUGCGGCAGUGGAGGCCUGUGUGCUGCACGGGCUGAGGCGGAGGGCUGCCGGCUUCCUGCGGAGCAACAAGAUCGCGGCGCUCUUCAUGAAGGUGGGCAAAGGCUUCCCUCCAGCCGAGGAACUGAGCCGCAAGGUGCAGGAUCUGGAGCAACUCAUCGAGAGCGCGCGAAACCAGAUCCAGGGCCUGCAGGAGAAUGUGCGGAAGCUGCCGAAGCUGCCCAACCUGUCCCCGCUGGCCAUCAAGCACCUGUGGAUCCGCACCGCCCUGUUUGAGAGGGUCCUGGACAAAAUAGUCCACUAUCUGGUGGAGAACAGCAGUAAAUACUAUGAGAAGGAGGCUCUCCUGAUGGACCCUGUGGACGGCCCCAUCCUUGCCUCUUUGUUGGUGGGGCCCUGUGCCCUGGAGUAUACCAAGAUGAAGACGGCUGACCACUUCUGGACCGACCCCUCGGCCGAUGAGCUGGUCCAGAGACACCGAAUCCACAGCUCACAUCUGAGACAGGACUCGCCCACCAAGCGGCCGGCACUCUGCAUCCAGAAGAGGCAUUCCAGUGGCAGCAUGGACGACCGACCAUCCAUCUCCGCCCGGGACUACGUAGAGUCCCUGCAUCAGAACUCGAGGGCCACCCUGCUCUACGGCAAGAACAAUGUCCUGGUUCAGCCAAGGGAUGAUAUGGAGGCUGUGCCCGGGUACCUGUCACUGCACCAGACAGCUGAUGUCAUGACUUUGAAGUGGACACCCAACCAGCUGAUGAACGGGUCUGUUGGAGACCUGGACUACGAGAAGAGCGUCUACUGGGACUACGCUGUGACCAUCCGCUUAGAGGAAAUUGUUUACCUGCACUGUCACCAGCAAGUGGACAGUGGUGGGACUGUCGUGCUGGUGAGCCAGGACGGGAUCCAGAGGCCGCCCUUCCGCUUCCCCAAGGGUGGGCACCUGUUACAAUUCCUCUCCUGCCUGGAGAAUGGGCUGCUUCCGCACGGGCAGCUGGACCCACCGCUUUGGUCACAGCGAGGAAAGGGGAAGGUAUUUCCUAAACUGCGCAAGCGGAGCCCACAAGGAUCCUCAGAGUCCACCUCUUCAGACAAAGAGGACGACGAAGCCACCGAUUACGUGUUCCGCAUCAUCUACCCCGGCAUGCAGUCUGAAUUCGCUGCCCUUGAUCUCUUGGGCAGCCCUCGACCCGUGUCCGCUGGCCCUGCCUGGAUGAUGCUUGCUGCUGGCCAGUCCGUUCUGGUGGUGGCCAGGGGGAUCCAUUGGGCACAAACCAGAGGGUACCUCACCGUCCCCACUCGGAGUGUGAAGGAGCAGCCCCCCAUGCCCCAGGACCUGAUGGAUGUCUCGGUGAACAACCUUCCGUCCCUAUGGCAACCCAGUCCUCGGAAGUCCUCCUGCUCCUCCUGUUCACAGAACGCCUCAGCCGAGGGCGGCUCGACCAAUGGCUGCAACCACGAGAGGGCUCCACUGAAACUGCUCUGUGAUAACAUGAAGUACCAGAUCCUCUCCAGAGCCUUCUAUGGAUGGCUCGCGUACUGUAGACACCUGUCCACCGUGAGGACCCACCUGUCAGCCCUGGUCAAUCACAUGAUCGUGUCUCCAGACCUGCCCUGUGAUGCUGGGCAAGGGUUGACGGCCAGCAUCUGGGAGCAGUACAUCCGGGACAGCACGACUUACCCAGAGCAGGAGCUGCUGCGGCUCAUCUACUUCGGGGGUGUCCAGCCCGAGAUCCGCAGGGCGGUCUGGCCCUUCCUCCUCGGUCACUACCAGUUCGGGAUGACGGAGAUGGAGAGGAAGGAGGUGGACGAGCAGAUCCACGCCUGCUACGCACAAACCAUGUCGGAGUGGCUGGGCUGCGAGGCGAUCGUGAGACAGAGAGAGCGGGAGUCCCAUGCUGCUGCCCUGGCCAAGUGCUCCUCAGGGGCUAGCCUGGACAGUCACCUUCACCGGAUGCUGCACCGGGACUCCACCAUCAGCAACGAGUCCUCCCAAAGCUGCAGCUCAGGCCGCCAGAACCUCCGACUGCAGAGCGACUCCAGCAGCAGCACCCAGGUAUUUGAGUCUGUGGAUGAGGUGGAGCAGACAGAGGUGGAAGGCAGGUCAGAGGAGAAACAACCCAAAGUCCCCAACGGGAACCCGGCAAAUGGCACUUGCUCCCCAGACUCUGGACACCCUUCUUCCCACAACUUCUCCUCCGGCCUCUCCGAGCACUCGGAGCCCAGUCUCAGCACCGAAGACAGUGUUCUGGAUGCCCAGCGCAGCCUCCCCGCUGCGUUCCGACCUGGGGACAGCAGUGUGGAAGACGGCCAGAGCAGCGAAGCCACCACGUCCCGGGACGAGGCCCCUCGGGAGGAGCUGGCCGUGCAAGACAGUCUCGAGAGCGACCUCCUCGCCAACGAGAGCAUGGAGGAGUUCAUGUCCAUCCCGGGCAGCCUGGACGUGGCCCUGCCUGAGAAGGACGGGGCCAUGACCGCGGAGGGCUGGCCCAGCGAGACGGACAAGCACGGCCGGGCUGACAGCGAGGACAACCUCUCGGAGGAGCCUGAGAUGGAGAGCCUCUUCCCGGCCCUGGCUUCUCUGGCCGUGACCUCCUCUGCCAACAACGAGGCGUCACCCGUGUCUUCCAGCGGCGUCACCUACUCUCCGGAGCUACUGGACCUGUACACGGUGAACCUGCACCGCAUUGAGAAAGACGUGCAGAGGUGUGACCGCAGCUACUGGUACUUCACAGCCACCAACCUGGAGAAGCUGAGGAACAUCAUGUGCAGCUACAUCUGGCAGCACAUUGAGAUUGGCUAUGUCCAGGGCAUGUGUGACCUUCUGGCCCCACUGCUGGUCAUCCUGGAUGAUGAGGCCCUGGCCUUCAGCUGCUUCACGGAGCUCAUGAAGAGGAUGAACCAAAACUUCCCCCAUGGAGGCGCCAUGGACACGCACUUUGCCAACAUGAGGUCCCUGAUCCAGAUCCUGGACUCGGAGCUCUUCGAGCUGAUGCAUCAGAAUGGGGACUACACCCACUUCUAUUUCUGCUACCGUUGGUUCCUGCUGGAUUUCAAACGAGAGCUGGUCUAUGAUGACGUUUUCUCCGUGUGGGAGACUAUCUGGGCAGCUAAGCACGUGUCCUCUGCCCACUAUGUGCUGUUCAUCGCGCUGGCCCUGGUGGAGGUCUACCGAGACAUCAUCCUGGAGAACAACAUGGACUUCACAGACAUCAUCAAGUUCUUCAACGAAAUGGCUGAGCGGCACAAUGCGAAGCAGAUCCUGCAGCUGGCGCGGGACCUGGUGCACAAAGUGCAGAUUCUGAUCGAGAACAAGUGAGGGGCCGCAGCGGCCAGGCAUCCCUGCUGUCCACCCCUUCCCCUCCUGCAGCCCGGCACGAGGUCCUGCGUCUGUUGGACCAGUGCGGACUUCUGUACAGAGAGCCAGACUCUUGACCUGGGCCGUUGGGCGGUGGGGUAGAGAAGAGCCCGGCUCAGCCUUACGUUUUCCUGUUUGACCAAAGAUUGC